GCGUUACCGUCUUUGGUCCCGCGUGGUCGUUCGCAAUAGGAUUCGAUCAUUGCUGUCACCAACAGCCGAUCGCAUUAAAGGAAACCGAUCGCAAUACGGGGUGGAAAUUUGACCGUCUGACGUGAGGGAAGGUUUUACCACCGGUGAGAAAAACGACCCUCUGCAUUAAGGAUGAAGUACCUCGUCUGGACCGCCGCGUUCGUCCUCCUCCUCGACCUCUCAAUUUCGCUAGACUUCGUCGACAUUCCCUGCAAGGACAACAAUGGCUGUAAAAAUAUGAUCGAACCGCCUAGCACAGCUAGAUGCGACGACGGUCAUUGCAAGUGUUUAACGACUAACGGGGUGCAGGUUAAUUGUACCGCUGGAAUGAUAAACGGCAGCACGGAAGCCGGUCAGAGAAAUGGUCAGGCCGGAUUGAUAGGCCACGUGUGUAAUUUGGACAAGGAAUGCAGCGUGUCGGACAUUAACGCCCUUUGCAACACGACGAAUAAGCAGUGUGCUUGCAAGUCGGGAUUUUUCGCUUCGGAAAAUAACGACAAAUGUCUAGCCGGAAUGGGUUACGGCGAAUCUGGAUGCGUGGAGUCCGUACAGUGCCGGGCUCUGACUUCAAACACAACGUGCCUCGAAGGAGUUUGCAAAUGCCGUGAAAACUACCACUUCGAAUCCAAAGCAUGCUGGAUGAAUAAAGAUAUCGGCGCAUCUUGCACAGCCACAGAGGAGUGUCUUAACGUAGCUCAGGCCGUGUGCGAUCAUCAGAACAUCUGCAGCUGCCCGUCGGACAAGGUUAUUCAUCCGAAUGGUACCGAAUGCCUUUCCAAGGCAUCGAAGAUCGAGGAUCAAUGCGUGGAAUCCAUCCAGUGUGAUCACCUUGGGGGCGUCUGUUUGAACGGACGUUGCCAGUGUCCUGAGCACCACCAUCACUCGUCGGCGACGAACGAGUGCCAAAUGACCAAAAAGGUCAACGAUGCCUGCGAGACCGAUCACGAUUGCUCCCAGACCCAUCACGAUGAUGGCAAACUUGAUCUUAAGUGCAUAGACAAGGUCUGCGCCUGUGUUCAGGGCUUGCACUAUGAUAACGACAAGGGCAUGUGUGUCGACGAACGAAAAUCAGCGGCUAAUCGAUUGAUCAGCCUCGGAAUCUUCGCAACGUCCUUCAUGUACUUUGGUCUUCUCGCUGCAAUAUUGUGAAAAAUUCAUUACAGAUACUACAAAUCGCGUUUAAUUAUCAUCUAGGCUACAUGCGAUCGCAGCGUUAAUCAUAUGUUAUACACACGGGUUGUGUAGCUGUAGAAUGAUUAUAAUAUUUCAUACAGGGUGUACUAAUCGAUGUUUACACUUUUAUAAAACGUAUAAAGACAAUUAUUCUCGAGAGCGAUAUGCGGAAAAGAGCUGUGAAAGUUGUAUCGAAGUACCGCGAGAUUAAUUGGCGUGGAGUCAGAUUUAUCUACGGCGAGAAAGCCUGAUCGCCGAAAUUUUCAAUUAAACUUAAUCCCGUUUUUUUUUUUGUUUUUUAAAUUCUCACGAUUUUUUACCGUAUUCCAUUGAAUUUGCCAAAGUUUCUUGCCGUUGGAAUUAUUGUUAUUCGUGUUUUUUCCUUUAAAAAAAAAAAAAAAAAAAAAAAAUGUGAAAAUUGUGUAAGAAAACUUGCGACGCGAGGUGCUGGAAAUGAAUAAUAUUUAGACGAGGAGACGGAAUUUUUUUUUUUUUAAACGUUUUGAAGAAGCAAGCGAGCGAAAUAAUAUAAGCAAACUCAAACAAAGCUGUCAUUGAAUAUUUCUUCAACGCUGAAGAUAUCGUUGCUUUAUUUUUUCUGCAUCGAAACACUUUCAGAUAUACACAUCUGUCAUGUUCAUUCGGACUGUUGUAUUUAAAAUGUAACAAAUAUCAUCUUAGUUAAACAUCCACCCACAUACUUCAUACAGCAAAAAGCGAAUAAGAGUUUCAAGUUCUCGAUUCAAAUUCCGUCACAUACACCUAUGUCAAUGUAAAAUUUACGAACACAAUUUCUCCAAUCAAAAAGUAUACUUAAAUUGAUACGACGGUUCAUGUACGUAGUUUCAUACCUUGUUACCCUGCCAAUAUUAACACAUCGAAUUACGAAUAUUUGUAUAUCACACUUCAUAUGAAUUCAUAUCGUCGUUACUCUAUGUAUGCUCGAGUAACUUUAUCGUGAUUUGUACAUUCAACGUGAUAUUAUUAUAAUGUAGUUUGAACGUGAAAUUUGAAUCUUACAUUCCCUAUUUACACCGGGUAAAAUUUCGAUUCAUUACUUAAAUUUCAUCUAUAACAAUCACUGAGUAAAGUAUAUAUAUAUAUAUAAUACGUAGGCUUUAUAUUUUAUUAGUGUACAAUUUCCGUGUGAAUUUCAGUGAUUCGUGAUAUUCGUUGUCAGUUCUCCAUUCGCAGGUAAAUAUUAUUGCGUGUAUACGCGUAUAGAUGUAGUUUUCUUUGUUUUCGUUUGAUUUUUUAAUAAAAAUUGUGUAACAAAACGAGAAAAAA